UAGUGUUGUAAUACAUUUAUUUUGGCAGUGCUCGCUCCUGUGGCAGAUCCCUGUCCCACCAUGCACACAAACUGAUCUGAGCCUCUCUGGAUCUGUCCCUUCCACUGCUGUGUCCUGUGGAUCACUCGGUGCCUCUGCAGUUGUUCUGCUUUCUUGGCAGCAAGCCUGUGCCUCACACUGAGCCCCAUCCUGCUCCACUUCCCAGGAGGCUGAGCUAUCCAACGUUGGAGUUGUUUAGUUCCUUUGUGGGAUUUCUGCAGUAAUUGGAUUGGUGCAGCUGUGGCUCCUGAGGGGUCUGAGUGAAGUCCCUGUGCUUUCCUGGAGCAGGUACAGGUGACUGCACUAUUUGGGAUGGACUGAGCUGAAGCUUGUUUGGACCUGACAGCUGAUACCUUGAAUCACAGUCAUCCCAGCCACUCCUUAUUUCCUGACUUUGAGAAACACAAUUUCCAGCAGCAGCGUGGCUAUUCCAAAGUCCUUAACCUCCUCUGAACCUCUCUGCAGCCCUGGCAUCUCGCAAGCUGAGCAGUGCUGGGAGUUUGAAAAUUUGAGCCAAAUAACAUCAGCUCUCCUGAUGUCUUCCAACCUAACAGUGCCUGGCUCUUCCUGCCCUGCACAGCCCAAUCCCCUGGCUAGACAGUCCUGUGGAGAUUCACCAGAGCCAAAGGAUUUGGUGGGAUCUGCUGAGCAGCUCCUGGAGGCAGGCAGGAGGCCAAGAGCUGGGGCACAGGUGAGCGGGAGAGGCGUGGGAAAAACCUGUCCAGAAGGGACUCUGAAGGUCCUCUGAGGUCACUGUUAAAUCUGAACAGCUACAGCAUCGCACAGUUGGGAACCUGACCUGCAAAACCUAGAGCCUUACAGGAUGUGACAGGGAAAGGAGCAAACCACCCCUCUGUUGUUCCCCUGAGCUCUGUGGCCUUGGGAAUCCACAUCCUCCUUGCCUAGCUCCUGUGCACUGCUGGGACUGCUGGGAACACUGGUGGAUGUCACUGGGACCUACUGAGGCUAGUCAAGGACUAAGUGCGAACCAGCAAACUCUCAGAAGCAAACCUUUACUUUGGAAGCUGCAGUGGGAACUCCUCCUGGGCGCUGGGGAGGGUGGUGCUGAUGCUGAUGAAAGCAGAUUCCUGACAUUAAUACCAGAUGGGAUGCAGCUGCUCCUUCAUGUGAGAAGCUGGAAGCCUUUGGGUUCCCCAGCCCUCUCACAGAUGCUGGGAAGCAGCUGCUCCUUCCAUGGUGCCAGGCAGGUCCUACCUCCAGCUCUGCGGUGUGUCAAACCAGACACGCUCUGGUGAUUGGGCUGGGCAGAGUCUCCUGUCAAAUUAUUUGUUCUGGCUACAGUUUUGUCUGCUUUGGAAAACUCGUCAUUUUCUAGCCUUUUGAGACCACCUCCCAGGGAGCAUGGGAAUUGUAUUUCAUGGAGCCUUUGAGCACUAACAUCACUGCUCUCUGUGUGACCAUCUGAGACCGAACGAGCUGGACGCAGCCAUGGGGGACUCUCCAGCAAAUGUCAUGGAUGGAGGCAUGGACACACAGACUGAACUGGUGGAGAGGGUGGCAGCCAUAGAUGUGUCUGUUGUCCCAGUCAAAAGCGACCAAAAUGGUGAAGACAACCCUGAAGAAAAUGACACAGUCUUUUCUGAUAACAUAAAGGACAUCCAAAGAAAUGGGGUCAGCAGUGACAUGGGAAUCAAUGAAUUUCUGCCUUCCCAGCAGAGGCAUGUUCCCAAGAGACCUCUAACUAGACCUGGUCUAUCAAGUAGGAAGCUGUCCCUUCAGGAAAGAUCAUCAGGAGGUUAUUUGGCUUCUAGCAACACUCCAGGUUGUGGUCCUUAUGCCACAGGGCCAUCACCACGUAUAAUCAGGAGACCAACCAUAGAGUCCAAUCGGGUCUCCAUAUCGGACUCUGAGGACUGUGUGCAAUUAAACCAGUACAAGCUGCAGAGUGAAAUAGGCAAGGGUUCCUACGGCGUUGUGAAACUGGCCUACAACGAGAACGACGACAAGUAUUACGCUAUGAAAGUCCUCUCCAAAAAGAAGCUCUUGAAGCAGUAUGGAUUUCCACGUCGACCUCCUCCCAGAGGGUCGAAAGCUUCCUCCGGAGAGCAGCCCAAACCCUUGGCACCCCUGGACAGAGUCUAUCAGGAAAUAGCCAUCCUAAAGAAGCUGGACCACAUCAAUAUCGUUAAGCUGAUAGAGGUCCUUGAUGAUCCUGCAGAGGACAACUUGUACAUGGUGUUUGACCUCAUGAGGAAAGGGCCUGUCAUGGAGGUGCCCAGCGAGCAGCCCUUCAGCGAGGAGCAGGCUCGCCUCUACUUCCGAGACAUCGUCCUGGGCAUCGAGUACUUGCACUACCAGAAGAUCAUCCACCGGGACAUCAAACCUUCCAACUUGCUCUUAGGAGACGACGGCCACGUCAAAAUCGCCGAUUUCGGUGUCAGCAAUCAGUUUGAAGGGAACGAUGCCCAGCUGUCCAGCACGGCAGGGACCCCAGCCUUCAUGGCACCGGAGGCCAUCUCACAGACUGGCAAAAGUUUCAGUGGAAAGGCACUGGAUGUGUGGGCCAUGGGAAUCACCCUGUACUGCUUUGUUUAUGGGAAGUGCCCUUUUAUAGAUGAAUAUAUUCUGGGUCUUCAUAACAGGAUCAAGACCAAGCCUGUGGAGUUCCCAGAAGAAGCACAGAUAAGUGACGAGCUCAAGGAUCUGAUCCUGCGCAUGCUGGAUAAAAACCCAGAAACGAGGAUAACAGUCCCUGAGAUAAAGGUGCACCCGUGGCUGAGCAGGGGCGGCGCGGAGCCGCUGCCGCUGGAGGAGGAGCACUGCUCCGUGGUGGAGGUCACCGAGGAGGAGGUCCAGAACUCUGUGAAGACCAUCCCCAGCCUGCCAGCCGUGAUCCUGGUGAAGGCCAUGCUGAGGAAACGCUCCUUUGGGAAUCCCUUUGAGGUCCAGACGAGGCGGGAGGAGAGAUCCAUGUCUGCUCCAGGGAACCUGCUGAUAACACAAGGGAGCAGAGAAGCAGCCAGGGACCCGGAGCUGCCCGACGUGUGCGAAGACGAGGCCGCGUCCUGAGGCCGGCGGGCCGGCCGCGCCGCCGUGCCCUUCGUGGUGUCACAUCUGCCCUCAUCACCCAGCCCGGGGCCUGCACAGCCAAAACAGAACCAGACUAAACCCACCAGAAACGCACCAAGGCAGGAAGGCAGGCGGGAGGAUCAGAGCGGCGCCGAGGAGCAGGGCCAGCCCUGGGGCAGCGCGGCCGCGUUCCUUGGGCGAGGCGUCCGUGGCUCCUCCGUGUGUGCCUUGCUCUCCCCUUGUGCUUCACCCCGGGGCUCUGUCGGGGGUCUCGGCCGAGGAAUGGGGGUUGGUUUGUCUCAAGGGUCCUUUUCCUCCAGAGAGUUUUUCCUUGCGUUGUUGCAUUCUCUCCUUCAAGCAUCAGGAAAAAAAAAAAUGGCGUUAGAGACAGGUUUUGUAUCGGAGGGCAACUGUUUUUAUUUAAUGCACAGGUAGAGCACUUGUGUGCAUCAGGAGUCCUGCUCCUGGUGCGGAGUUGAUGGCAAAAUGUCUUUGGAUAUCAGUUAAAUGAGGAUGAGAUCUUGCUGUUGGAGUGAACACUGUCCCUCCCUAUGCCUUUCUUUCUCUUUCUUCCCUUUUCCUCUUAUCCCUCAGUUUUGCACAGUGUCAGUCCUGCUCCAGCCUUGGCUUUAGUCAGUGCUGUAAAGCAAAGGAGUUACACAAGAUUGCCUGUACGUGCAAUGAGCCUUGGAAUGUCACAGAGCUCUGGAGCAUGGGGAUAUGCUGCUACACAGAACAGCUUAGUGCUCCAGGGACAUCUGCCAGGGCUGCUCUUCCCAGACAGCUUGGAAUGAAUGGGAAUUCCCAAAUACCCCAUCAGCUGCACCCAUGGACCAUGUUCUCCAGCUGAAAACAGUGGCAGGUUUGGGCUUUAUUUUAUUUCAUUUCCUUCUCUUCACUCAUCUCUUGCGUACCUGAUGCUUUUAAACUUUAGUUUCCUGAAAAUGACCCAAACUGGGACAGGUUCCUAGGAUGGAAAAUGUUGGUGGAGGAUUUUUAGAAAGCUACAGAGCACAAGUUCACAACUUGAUUUUUUUUUUUUUUUAAAGGAUUUCAUUUUUAAUUUUGUUUUAAGACUCUUGAGUUUUACGCAUGUGCUGAUGCUGCUAUUUUAUCCACAGAUUGCUUCUAAACUUGGGGUUAGAAGCUUCAUCUCAACAGUUUGACAACCAGUAAGAGAUUGCACUUAAAAAGGCAAAUACAAAAAGGCAAAUACAGCCAUUUCUGUGGCUGUUGACUGUACAGACUGUGUGGAUAAUCAGGAAUUUCACUCUUCCAUUCAGAGAAUAAAAACCAGUGACAUCCAUCUGUCAAAAUAUAUGUCAUUAUUUUCCCUUGAUCCUUCUGGGGUCUGAACAUGCCCCUGGGAAGCCACUGGGAUUGGAAUCUUAUUUUAUAGUACUUAAAGAAAGGAUGUGAUUAAAUUUGGUUCCUACAUAAUCAUCUUAGUGUCUGUUUUUAGGUUAAUCCUGAGGACUUGGGACUUUGUUCCCUCAUUUUUUGUGCAGGGGGACACACGUACGAGGGUUGUUGAUAGUGACUGGUAUAUCCUGGUGUUCCUGUUCUGUUUGCUGCAAUCCAAUUUGAUGGUUCCAAACAUUUUAUAGCUGGGCUUUGCUGCUGGUGCCUUUUGCUUGUCCCCAGCCUGUCACCUCCCCUCACUCAUCCUCAGCCACCUCAGUGGGAUGCCCAGCAGUCACCAGCCUGGGCUCUUCCUUGCAGCUCACCUGUAAAUAUUGUCAAAAUGGGAAAUAACAUUGCAGCUUCUCUGUUUAAUGGACACCUUUAACGUUGAAAGCUGGCAAUGGCAUUGGAUCCUGUAAAGGUUACUGCUGUGGGCCUGAGCUCUGCACUGCUGCUUCCAGGUGCUAAAAACCCUGCCUGUUUGUGUCUGCACCAGCUGUGAGCUUAGCAUCCUCUGAGGAGCCUGGUCCUGCACCAGGAGGAUGCCCUGAUCCUUCCCCCAUCCUGGGACGUGGGACCACCUGCUUGGAUCCUGCUGCCUUGUAAUGAAGAUUUAAGUACCCAGAGGUAGGGAGUGAAUUGUCUGAGAGCACAGGGAAUUCUGCAAAUGGGAGAGAUUGUCCAGGUGGAACCACUGCCUGGGGAAGAGACAACUAUCUCUGGGUACAAACUGAUCUGUGCUAUGGUGCCACCAGCUCCUGCUGCACACCAGGGGCCAAGCUGGGCAAACCGUCCUCCAGUUUGUGGAAAAAACAUUCUCCAACUGGUAUCCCCAGGACAGGACCAGGGGGUGACCUUGGAACAAGGACACAUCUCAGGAACAUGCCCCUACCCCAGGCAGAAAAGGGAGUUCUGGUAAUCCUCAUCCCUGUGGGACUUCUGAAGUCUAAGCAAUACCUGGGUUGUGCUCAAAGACCUCUAAGAAUGCAAACAUGGGGUCAAUUACUGUAUUUUUAAUCUGGGGCAAGAAUAAUUUGCUAACCCAGGCAGUUGGGGUUAUUUUAGUGAUGCCCAAGGGGUGGGAGCUGGUGGGGCAAGGCUGCAGGAGGGCUGUUCUCAGCCUCAAGUAAUGCAAACCAAACAACUGCUAAGUUACAAAUGAGCUCCAUAUCAUGUUCCUUUAGUGGUACCUAAGUCAUCACUUCAGUUUUGGAGAGGAAUGGAUUUUUGGGAUUAUCUCAAAAUCUACUUUGAAAUAUUUGCCCUUUCAGCUAAAAGAAAUCCUUCUGGAGCUGUUUCCACAGGUCCAAGAACCAACUCCUCGAGUUGUACAGCUGAGCUCUGAGCUCGUGCCACACCUUGCUUCUUCAGCAAAUCUGACAACAGUCUUUCCUUUAUACCCCAGAAAUCACCCCGAUCGUGUCACAAACAGCAGCUUGAAACCUUGCAUGAAAUGAGAUGAAAAAUGUGCUCUGGCAGCAGGAGAAAUGCUCAGAUAGGCAAAAAUAGGCUCUACUCACUCAUCUGCAAGGAAAUCCUUGCUUGUUUAUGUGCAUGUUAGAGCAGCUUAGAGCAACACUGGUUCUGCUCUGAAGAAAGGAAGAGACUGAAGAGAGGGGAUUUAUUUGAGAAUAAACAUCCCUGGCAAGGCAGUGCUUUUAGCUCUCAAGUAAAACCAUUCUCUUUGCUGGAUGGGUAAAUAUUUGUCUGCUCCUCUCUGUGAUGGAGGGGAGGCGGUUCUGUGUGGGUUCUGCAGAGCAGGUGUGGCACACUCAUGCUUUGGGGUGUGCUCUGUGUUUUUCCCCUCCAGAUCCUCACCUCUGCUGUUCCUGGAGCACUGGGAUGCUCUGGCCUCUGUUAGUUGGGCUUGGAGUCACCAAGAGAUCACCACUUUCCCCCAACACCAUUACAUCUCAUCAAGUUUUCCAGACUCUUCCAAGUUGAGGAUUACCUUCUUGAAAGAAGUUUCUCAUUUGUGGGAACAACACAUCUCUCUGAUCUCCAGGAGGUGGAUUUCUUUGUCUUGUUCAAUUAAUGGCUCUAGACCUUUGGUUUUGGGGGGUAAUGCUAAGCAAAAGUCCUGGUCAAGUCUCUUCUGUCCUGCACUAAAGAAUGCACAGUCCAUGUCUUUAACCCUUUGGGCAGGAAUGUGCUGCUGUGAAUGUCACACUCACAAAUAGAUGAGGUUUUCAGCAUCAGGACUGCUGGUGGCAAAGCUGACCUUGUCUGGGGCUACAACCAGAGGCAGCCUGACAAGGGACAGUGUGGCUGCUCUGUGCAAAACAGUGGCUCGAUGAAAUAACUUCCAGCAUGCAAUUUCAUUCCUUAUUUAUUGCCAGACUUGCAAGAAGCUGCUGGGAGAAAUUGUGUGUUCGUUCAGCACAACUCUGUCCUGAAGCCCUUGGCAGUGCUGCCAUGGGGGAAUUUCUCCAUUUGUGGUGUGUGGCUGGAAGCUUGUUUGCUCUCCCCAGCUCAGUGCUUUCCUUCCCAUCUUGCCCAAAAACCCGAGUUUUGUCCCACCAGCCCAGGGCCUUUGUGGCAGCCCCUAAGAAGCUCAGGCUCUCCCAGGGACAGGGAUCUCGGUAAAUUUUCCAAGGCAGGAGGGCUGUGCUGGGGGGUGCCACUGAGAGCCCGAGCACCUCUGGUGUGCAGCAGGGAGACUGGAAAGCAGAGAGUGGAGGGUUUGUGUGGAAACAGAACUUGGAUGAGGUUCCAAACUUCUCUGCUUUAGCAGGGCAUAUUUGUAGUGGAGUUUGUUGAGCAAAGCAGUGCAAGCUAUUCCUUUCUAGCCCAGGUCCUCCUACUACACAAGUCCAGGCUCGGCUCGAGUCCCUCCCAGGCUGAAUUAACUUGGAUUAUGCCAUGACCUUGUUGCUCUGAAUGCAGCCUUCCCUGGGAUGAGUGAAGGAAAGCAGCUCAUCAGUCACUGCCUUGCUCCUUCCCUUCCUGAAGAAAAGCCAUGUAAGCUCAGAGCUGCUGCUGGCAGAGCCCAGGCCCUCCGUCAGUAUCCACAAGCCAUCAAUCAAAGUGCUCAAAAAAAUGAUGUAAAUUCAAGAAAGCAUGAACUCCCGAGGGUACAAUGCAGAUCCUUUGUGCUGUAAUUUUGCUGCUCUUUCUAAUUUCUAGGCCUGUUCUGUUGGUAUUUCAGUCUCUUGUUGUACUUGAAGUUGAACCUCUGCCCCUGUAUGUGCUCUGCUAUGAUUCAAGCAUGAUGUAAAUGCACUCAGUACUGUGACAGCACGUGGCUGUUGCACUGUAAAUAUGUACCAUGAAGAGAGAGGCUUAUUUUUUGCAUGCUUUUGUACUGUAGAACUGAUGAGAAAAUGACAAUAAAUUCCACAGAGAUGA